AUGUCUACUGCCACGACUUCUCUCUCCGACACCCUUCCAUCCUCCGUACCCAAGCUCGAUGCGAGCAGCUUGAAUUGGGCAAUAUUUGACGUCCGAUUCCAAGAUGCCGUCGAGGCUAAAGGCUUCUGGGGUCACUUCAUUGGUACCGACCCUCACCCUGUUCCUGCGGCCACUCCUACCCCUGCCCCUACCCCUGCUACUGUUACUGCUGGUGCCGCGACCGCGGCUGUUGUGGGCGCUGCCCCUCCAACCAUUGGUGCGACGGUGACCCCUACUGCGGCUGAGAUAGCUGCUAUGGAGAAGUGGGACAAGGACGAGCGUGCGGCAAAGUCUUUACUCACCCAGAGGAUUCCUGAUUUGACGUUGAUGCGUAUCCACUCGAAGAAGACCGUCUUCGAGAGGUGGUCCACCAUCGUCAGCAAGUACACGGAGAAGGGCGCUUAUGCGCAAACCGAGAUGCGUAUGAAGUUCUUGGGGUCGAAGUGCCCUGACAAGGGCAAUGUGCAUGAGUUCCUGGAUUCCUUGGCCACCAAGAGGGAACAGCUUGCUUCGGUUGGUGUCGACAUUGAUGAGAAAGACUAUCGCUCGACCAUCCUGCAGUCCCUUCCUAUCCCACUCUCAAACUUCGCAUCGGCGCAGCUUGCUGCUGCCCGAAUGUUCUCCCCAACUGGUACCAUUGCUCCUGACACCCUCAUUUGGCUUAUCAGCGAGGAGUAUGACCGUCAGAAGUCCCAACAUUCUGGGCGCUUGGGAAAGGCGAGGGAGGAUGACUGUGACGAGGUGAUGGCAGUCUCAUCGAACACUUUGAACAACAUGGGUGGUGGACAGGCUGCGAAUGGUGGAGGUGGCUCAAGCAGGGGGUGCUGGAAGUGUGGCGACCUUGGUCACCGCAAGAGUCAGUGCCCGAAAAUGAGGAAGAUUGUCGACAAGUUGACUCAGAAGGCAGCUUCUUCAAAGGCGGGUGGGUCUGCAAAUGUGGUUGAGGUUGAGGAGGGGGACAGUGAUGGUGUUUUCGCGGUCAUGGUCGAGUCUGAUGAUGAAACAUCAGUGCAUGGUUCAAUGGCAGGGCUCCAGUCAAAUACCAACACGGUGAUGGGGAGCGACGAUUAUUCCGACGCUGACAGCGACUCCCUCCCGGUGCCUCACCAGUCUGAUGCGCUGAUGGACAGUGACUGGUUCUCAGAUGUCGGAAGUGACGCUGGAGACUAUGACGACCCAUUCUGGAGCUCUGAGGAUGGAUCCGACGAGGAGGAGGAGAGGUUGAUGGCUGAGUUCUACACCAUCAUCAACACCGUCAAGGAGAAAUUUGAUGUCGAGAAUGCCUUCCUCAAAACCCCUCGCAUCGAGAUCUACGACUCGGGCUCAACUCACCACAUCUCCCCUUACCGUGAGGACUUCGUCAACCUCAUGGAAAUCCCACCGCAAACACUUCACGCUGCCAACAAAAACAACUUCAGUGCUACUGGGGUUGGCGAGCUCAUCAUUGACGUACCUAGUGGUGUCAACAUGAAGCAGCUCCACCUCACAGAGGUGCUCUACUCUCCCGAAUUCCACCGUCGCAUGGGCCACAUAUCGCCUGAGGUUGCUCGUCGACUUGUAUCCAACAAGUUUGUGACAGGUGUUCGUCUCACAACAAUGUCAACGUCUGGUGAUCCUUUCUUCUGUGAAUCAUGCGUUUAUGCCAAGGCGACGAGGAAGUCGGUGCCGAAAGAGAGAGCUGGGGAGAGGGCGAGCGAGUUUGGUGGUGAGGUUCAUUCGGAUCUCUGGGGACCAGCGCCUGUUUCUACACGGGGCAGUCGGCGCUACUACGUCACCUUCAUUGACGACAAGACACGACUCACUCACCUCUACCUCAUGCGCAAUAAGUCUGACACUUUUGCCAAGUACAGGGAGUACGAGUUUCUUUGGGGCGAGGCUGCUCGCCACAUCGUUUGGUUGUUAAAUCGGACGUCGACGAAGGCGGUGGAUGGCAAAACCCCCUACGAGGCAGCUUUUGGGAAGAAGCCUGACCUCCGUGAGGUACUCAGCCGUCUCGAGGGGGAGGACUGGGAAUUCAUUGAAACGACACCUGAUUCGAUGCCGGAUGGACUUACCAGCACCCCAUCUGUCAAUACACAAGCUUCUACAUCCGCACCAACUCCUCUCGAGACACCUGCAACCACUAUCCCUGCUCCCACAGACCCCACGGACUCAAACACGUCAAAUUCUAGCGACCACGAGACGCCCUCGGAGCCUGAAACUCGGUCGAAACGCACUCGGAAGCCUACACAACGUCUCCGUGACAUCCUCGAGGGACACGCCGUCUCGUCCAAUCGUCCUGGGGCACCAAAGGUUACACCCGGGGUGCAGCUCCCUUCGGAGAUCCUCUACGCUCUUUAUAGCAAGGCUGGUUUUGAGGGGGAGAACGAGGACGGGUGGGUGAUGGUGGCAGACUUCAUUGAUGAGUAUGCAAUGGCGGCAGAAAUCAGUGAGAAAGAGGCUUUAGAGCCCCAUUCUCUCGCCGAGGCAAGGACUCGACCUGAUUGGCCGUUGUGGGAGAAGGCGAUCCUGGAAGAACUCACUGUUUUGAAAGCUGCGGGUACAUGGGAACUUGUCGACGCACCUCCUGGAGUUCAAAGUUUCUCCCAAGUCCCGGGGAUCGAUUACUUCGACACGUUCGCACUGGUCGCACGCCUUGCUUCUAUUCGGGCCGUUCUCGUGAUGGCGGCUGUCCAUGACUACGAAAUCCAUCAAGUUGAUUACCUAAAUGGCAUUCUCACCGCCGACGAGGUUAUUUUUAUGCGCCAACCCCCCGGAUAUAGGAUUUCUGACAGCGCGGGAAAGAGGUUGGUGGAGAUCAUGGUGCUGCUUGGUUUUGAGCAGUGUGCGGUCGACCAGGCAGUUUUCUUUAAGCGCCGCGGUGAGGCGCUUGUGAUCGUGCUUGUGCAUGUCGACGACUGCACAAUUGUGGCCACUGCACUGCCACUGAUCGAAGCCUUUAAGGCCGAGGUCGCCAAGCACGUUGAAAUCACCGAUUUGGGCGAACUCCACUGGAUCCUUGGCAUUGAGGUUCGGCGCGAUCGCGAACGCUGUAUUAUUUUCCUUUCCCAACGCUCGUACAUCGACUCGAUCAUUUGCUGGUACAACCUUCAAGACCUCAAGCCUCUUUCCAUUCCCAUGGACCCCAAUGUUCGCCUUUCGAGCGCUCAGUCUCCCUCUACCACUGUCGAGAUCGCGAAGAUGGCAAAUAUCCCAUACCACGAGGCCGUUGGUUCUCUCAUGUACGCCUCGCUCGGUACACGCCCGGACAUCACCUUCGCUGUCCAAACCGUCUCGCGAUACGCCUCAAAGCCUGGUCCCGAGCACUGGGAGGCCGUCAAGCGGAUUUUUCGCUACCUGAGUGGUACGAAGGAGUUGUAG